GUUGCGAGAAAGAGCAAGAGAGCAAGAGCAAGAGAGAGAGAGAAAGGGAUAACGAGUCGAGGUCGAGGAAAUGAAGAGACAAACAGGAAACCACUGGGCCUAAGCCUCUUCUGUGUUCUCUACCCAUGUACCGCCCACCUCACAGCUUAUCGUGCCUAUCGACCGCCAUGGACACGCCGAGCUUUCAACAGACGCACAAAACGCUUCUCGGGACCGAUUUUGCAAAUGACAAGCCACCCAACAUUUGUUCACUUCAUACGCCACUCAUAAUCUACGAAGUAUCGACAAAAACGCAGCAUGCACGCAAGCCAAGUCAGGAGGAAAAGGCGGAGUUCAGAGUUCGAAAACCAAUCUCACCCUCACUUCAGCCCCCGGGCCAAGUCCGAAGCCUUAGCCCCGUAGCUGGGAAGCUAUGUCCACUUCAUUCCGCACCUCCUCAAGCGAGUUGAGAAGCGAGAAAGGCUCCUGGCCAAACCGCACAAGCCUACCCAAAGACGAUCGCGCGAUCUCAGACAAAUGCCAGUGGCUAGUGUUGGGAUUCCAGUGGCGAAACCCACUCCUCCAAAUCUUACCACAAUGUCCAGUGCACCAGUUCCUACUGAGUAUGCAUGCCAAGAUGCCUAC